AUGGAGCAGAGCACCAGCUCUGGUGGUGGUGGCAGCGGCGGCCACAAGCCUGCUGCGCCCAAGGCGGCCAGCAAUGUCGACAAUGAUGCCAGCGACAAUGCCCGCCAGUCUGCGCACCGCCAAGGUAGCUCCCAACCGGGUGUCCACAAUGAUGAAGGUCCCGAGAUAGAAGAGCUUUCAGACGACAGCCCGGAACCGGAACGCAGCCAGAGCCCAGGUGGUUUGCGGAAAAAAACACCAAAAGACAGCCCGGCUUAUGUGGCGCCUAUUGGAGACAUCCCCAGAGUCAUCCCGAUAGACCCUAUAGAGUCCAAUCCUGACCCAACACCACCACCAGAGGGUCAAUCUUCAGAUCCACCAAAAAAGCUUCCCAUAUACCAAAUACCAAAAGAUCAUCUCGUGGGCAAAACCAUCGAUGAAUUCGGAGAUAUUUUGGACAACAAGGGAGAUGUCCUCGGCCGAGUCGAGGGGGAUCUUCCGUCCAUGGUCGGGCGGACAAUAUCAAAUGCCCGGGGCGAUGUGCUCGGCGACGAGGGCGAACUGCUCGGUUACGUGGCUGAAGUGGAAACCGGAGAGGGCCAGCAGCAAGAGUCAAAACAACAACCCCCAACGUGGGACUUGGCAGAAGUCAUGAAAGCUAUGGCUGCUGCUGGUCAGGGACCGGGCGGAUUAAGGGUCGAUCCAUUCGGUAACAUCCUGGAUGCGGAAGGGAACGUCGUCGGUUCAUUCCAUGACAACAAGAGCGGUUUCGGGAAGAAGGCUGGCGAGGGUGGUCAUGGUGAAUCUGGCAAGGCGCGUUCACGACCUUCGAGUUCGGCGCCGAAGCCUAAGACAGCUGGGUCAGGCGACGAGGCGGAAUCGUCGUCCGAGUCGCGUCCCCGCGAAAAUGCUCAGAGCCACAGGAAAGAGCCCGAGGAGAGGAAGCCGAGCCCUUCGGACAUCUUCCUCGACGUCAAGUCAACAACUGAGGGCAUUCAACUCACCAUACGCAUCCCGACAGUCUUCAACAACAAUGGACAGCCAGCACAGCCCAAAGUCGUAUUUUCGUAG